AUGAAAGUAGUCGCCGAGAUGGGUGCUAUUCCGAUCGUGGACUUCGGCGCCUGGUCCGCGGGUUCGCCCGCGGAGAAGCAGAGAAUUGCCAAUGAGUUGACAGACGCUGCUCGCGGUGUGGGAUUUGUCUACAUCGUAAACCAUGGCGUUCCGGAUGACGUUCUUGAGCAAGCAUUCGCAUGGUCCAAGAAACUCUUUGAUCUUCCGCAUGAGAAGAAAAUGCUGGCACCGCAUCCUCCUGGGCCAAACGUGCACAGGGGAUACUCCUGGCCUGGUCUGGAGAAGGUUUCUCAGUACAUCCAUAAGGAUGGUGAGGAUUCGGACGCAGAAGAUCAAGAGCUCCGCAAAGUGGAGGAUUGCAAGGAAAGCUAUGAGGUCGGCAGUGAAAACUGUGAGAACAUGCCGAACGUUUGGCUGCCAGACGAGGUUCUUCCGGGGUUCAGGGGCUUCAUGACCGACUUUUACUGGAAGUGUUUUGGGACAGCGCAGGACAUUCUCAGAGCGUUGGCCAUAGGAAUCGGCCUCGGUGAUGAGGACUUCCUGUUGAGGUUUCACAACGGCCACAACAACCAGCUCCGGCUGCUGCACUACCCGCCUAUUGAGAAAGAUAAGCUCGAAACCAACGCCAUGGCUAGAAUGCCCGCACAUACCGACUGGGGAUCCAUCACCAUGCUUUUUCAAGAUGACUGCGGCGGUCUGCAAGUGGAAGAUCCUCACACCCCCGGGAAAUUUGUAGAAGCGGUCCCCAUCAAGAACGCCAUCAUCAUGAACGUUGGUGAUCUCCUGAUGCGAUGGAGUAACGACUACCUCAAGUCAACACUUCAUCGGGUCACGCUCCCGCCACUCCAGUCAGAGCCUGUAAAUGGAAAGGUCAUGACACGUGCUCGUUAUUCGAUUCCAUACUUUGUCAGCCCCGAUCCCAGCGCGGUUAUUGAGUGCCUGCCCGCAUGCGCCGACGAGAAGAACCCGGUCAAGUAUGAGCCUGUAGUGCAGGAGGACUACAGAAGGAUGAGAGCUAAGCUUCAGUAUCCGGAGAAGCCAUCCACUCCUCUCGCGGUGGCAUGA